AUGGCCUUCGCCAAAGACGGCCACCAUCUCCGUGAUUCUCGUCCUCGCACUCCUGUGCGCAGCAAGCCGUGGUCUUCCGAGUUUGCUGGUGCAGCGGGCGGAAUGAUGGGCGCGGGCCGGCUGCUGCAGCUGGUGAGCGAUCACGAGCUGCAGUUGAACUCAUUGAGAGAAGGAUUUGAGGAGUUGAAGCAGGAGAAAAUCGAUCGCACCGGCCUUGAGACCUUAGCCCUGCGCCGAAGCCUGACAGCCCUGGCUGGCUCCGGUGCGGCCAAGACUCCGAGCGCAGCGCAGGAAGUGGCGAAGUGUGGCUCCAAGACAGGCUGCACCACUCGCAACACACCAAAGGCCGCUCCGCCCGCAGCCACGGCCGCUCCCACGACCGCGAGAGCUCCGACGGCGUCCGCCAAGACAGACGUGUCGCGGCGGCCCAGCCUCUGCAGCACCUCCUCCGGUGGCUCCGACGUGACCGGCUGCACGAGCGGCUGCGCGAGCAGCUGCACAAGCGGCUGCAGCACGGCCAGCAGGCGCGCCAACAGCAAUGUGAGUGCGAAGGCGAAGGUUGCAAAGUUCACCAAGCCCAAAGACGAUGCUUCACAUGCGUUUUCUCGAGGUGCGGUUUCUACGCGGAUCAGGAGUCAAAGCCCCACUCGCCCAGCCAGUGCCACACCCUCCACACCACGUCGCAUGGGUGCCACCGGCCCCACGGGCCGCGCCGUGAGCUCGUCGCCGCUACGUACACCCCGACAGCGCGAGCCGAAGAGCUUGUUUGAGGUGGCACAACCGCUUCUGGAACCGCACACCAGCAAAGAGAAGCGUGCCUUAGCACUGGGCGCCUUGUCUCGUUGUCUCAGAGAGGGCGCCUCUCCCCACCGCUGGGAUGGCCCUGAGACACCCCUGAGGGCGGCCGUCGGCGCACAGAGCAGCGAGAUGGCGCGGCUGCUGAUUCACGCCAGGGCCGACCCCAACGAGAAAGAUGCCAAAGGUGUUUGUGUACUUCAUUCAGCCUCCUUCGAUGGCCUAACAGACCUUUGCCAGACCCUGCUGAAAGGCAGAGCUGAUGCGAACGCUGCAGAUCAGCAUGGGCAGACGGCCUUCUUUUUCGCGCCCAGCAGUUCAGUUUGUGACAUCCUUUUGGAGCACAAGGCCAAUGUCAAUGCGGUGAACCAAAAGGGCCAGUCACCGCUCCAUUUGGCCAGCCGCGCGGGCCUCUCGGAGGUUCUCAUGUGGUUUGCGCCGCGGAUCAGCCGGGAGAUUGUGGACUUGCGGGACAUUCACGGGGCCACUGCAGCCUAUUAUGCACGGCAUGCUGGUGUCAGCGCGGACUUUUUGACAAAGCACAAGCUGAGCACCAUUGAUGCCGCAAGUGAGCCAGCAACAUCGUCGCUUCUUGGCCCACAAAACGCUUGA